AAAGGACACACUUCCCCGGAGCAAGGGCAGGUGUGACCAUGUGAUGUCAUAAAGGACCCACAUAUCCCUGAGGCGUUUGUCUUUCAAACGAUGCAGCCCCUCUGACGACAUCAUCAGAGCGACAGAUAGAAGAACUGCUGAUGUCAGGUUUUAGUGCGACGAGACACUUGAAUCUAAUAACACUUUUUGUGUUAGCUGGAAAAUGGCGCUUUACGCAGCUAGAGUUUUGUCAGAGAUGGGCUGGGAGAAGCAUUACGCCCUCCCAGUGCUCAAUGCUGAAAACAAGGCUUUGAUAGAACAGAUUUGCUUGAAAAAGAGAGAUCUCUUGCAGCUGAAAAACAAAUUUGAAAGUAAUAAAGAAAGGGAGCAAUUAGGAAACGACUUCCUGAAAAAUGUUAAAAAGGAGCUGGAAAUCACGGAGGCUCUGUGCAGGGCCAAAGAUCGAGAAGCAGAGUCAGAGACACACCUCACCGCCAUCGCAGAGAGGGAAACAGGUCGCCUGGUGCAGGAAAAUGCCAAGACGGAAAACAAUAUUCAAUAUAUGUCUGACAAGAAAGAUACCUUAGAGAAACAAAUCCUCAGGGAUAAACAAAAUCUGGAGCAGUUUCGGACUCAAAUGCAGUGGGACCAGACGGGCAUGGAGGCCUUUUUGGAGGAGUCAACACAAAAAGAUGACGACAUGAUGGCCAUAAUUAAGUAUUCACAGCAAGAUGAGUUGAGAAUCAAGUCACUCACUUUGGCUAUUGAGAGGACCACAAUAGAGGGCAAUAAAAAACGCAAAGCGCUGGACAAGGAAAUGACGGAGACUCUAUCUGCACAGAUUGCUUUGGACAAGAUGACAGAGAACUUGCAGCAGGCUCACAUGGAGACCGAGCAGAUCAUCCACCAGUGGGAAAACACCAUCCAACAGAUGAAGCAAAGAGAUGCUGACAUGCAUCAGUGUGCUCUGAAACUGUCCCAGACCAACCAGAUCAUCCGGGAAAGGAACGACACCUUAACCGAAAUGAGGAACCUCCAGGAGUCUCAGAUGAACGACAACAAGGAAAAAGAAAAGAGGAUAACAACAGCCAAUGGACUGGCUUCAAGACUGCGACUGAACUUAAAGGAGCGGGAGAAGAACUACAUGGAAAUGCAAGAUGAGUUGAAAAGUUCCAAAGCCCUACUGGACAGAACAAUGUCCAAUGUGCAGUUAAUGAGGUCCCACAUCUGCAGGCAUAAGGAAGACAUCCAGAACAACAAAGUCAGACUGAAUCAGACCAAAGCCCAAAAUGAGGCUCUUGAGCAGAAGCUAAAAGCUGUGAUACAAAACGCCCUGAGUGAGAAGGAGCGAGCUGCACAGAUGGAGAAUUACCUCAAGGAAGAGGAGCUAGUCAUCAAGGAGCUGGACUCGCAGCUGCGUGAGCGCAGCAAGGAGUUUGUGCGUUGCAAACAGCACGUGUUGGACUCCAAGAAGCAGGAGAAGAAUUUAAUUGCCCAAAUAGUGAGGAGCAGAUCUACGGUCAACACGUUGGAGGUGGAGAUGAGGAAACAGGAGGAGUACUUGGUCAAACAGAUGAUGAUCAUGAAUGAAAAGGACUCCCUGUUGAUCAUUUUGGACAAAAAGCUCGCACGAAUUCAAGGUGUUGUCGGUGACUCUGACGAGAAGAUAGAGAUGGAGAUAAAGAUAACGGAGCUCAAACAAGCGCUGGAGGAGAAGAAGAAGGCGUCCGUCAAGAUGAUCAGCAAAAUCAAGGAGUCUGAGGAGGACAUUCGCUACUUGAGGAAGGAGAGGGAGGAUUCUGCCGCUCAGAAGGAGGAGCUGUACAACAAAGUCAUAGAGCUGAAGCUGAUCAAUAGUAACAUAGAACGAGAGAUGAAGAUACUCGGGUUCAAGAACCAGGAGCACAUCGUGGAGCAAAACAUCUCCAAGCUCGAGGUGAAGCGCAAAAGGGAUCUUCUGUUCAACAAGGCCAACAGCGUGGUGUCGUUGGAGAAAAGACAGCUGAACGUGAAAAAAGCCAUCCAGGAGAGGCAAGAGGAGAUCAGAGUCUACACACAAAUGCUCGGCCAGCAGCUGAGGACCACCGAGCAGGAGAGACUGGGAAUCAGUGUGGAACUGAACACAAAGCUGUCCAAAGUCCACGCCUCUAAGAAACAUUACGAGGUUGUGACUUUUUCGAUGGCGACGUUUGAAGAGGACGACGAGGAUGCUGUGAGGUCUCAAGCUCACUAUAUCGCCAAGGCUGCGCUAGAGAAAGCAGAACUCAAGCAGCAGGGGGAGUGUCUAAAUGCCAAAAUUCGCAGAGCUGAGCAGGAGAAUAAAGCUCUGGAGAACACAACCCUGUUGUUCAACAUCAGCAACACUGGAUUCCACACAUCGGUCAUGAAGUCGAAAGAAGCCACUCCAGAUUAUAAGGAGAAGUUCCAUCUUGAAGAGCAGCUUCAUGUGGCCGAGGAGACGCUGCAAUCCAAAAAACAACGAGUUGAAAAGCUUCAUGAGGAACUACAGGAAUUGAACCAUUCGCUGAAGAAUCAACUAGAAGCCAGGCAGGAAUUGGAGAAGGAAGUGAGGCGAAUGAUGGACUUUAACGCCUCUCUGAAUGACAUGCUGGUUACUGCCACCAGGUUUAAGCCCCAGCUCAAAUCAGUGCUGCAGCAACUAUUUCAGCAGGCCAAUGUGCCUUUUCCAUCUGCCUCACUCGUCAUUCGAAGAUCGAACUUGGCCAGCAACUCCGCCUCUCUCAGGUAUCCUGUCAUGUCGCCCAGCUCCCCAAAGCCUUCUGAGGAACAGGAGGCCCCGCGAAAGACCGUGAUUUUGGACCUGGAUCUAGCCUGACUGGUUUUUCCCUUCUUGUUGCCUUUGGAGCUUUACUAGUGAACCAUGGUUUGUAAUGAGGACAUCAGUGUUUGUGUUAAUAUUGUUGUACUUCCGUGGCCUGGUGGACUUGCACAUGUAUUGAAAAUGGUUGUUACAAAAGAAGAUAUACAUGCUGUAUGCUUAGCUUUUUCACCAAGUAAAUACAUAAAAAUUGUAGAGCAGAAAAAAUUAUGAUAUGGACCUAAACUCAUAUCCCGACAUAGUUUGUCCCAUAAACUAACCUAUAAAUGGAAAUAUCUGUUGACAUAAGUAAAUAUUUCCACUAUGUCAUGAUUUAAAAAUGUAUACUGAUGGGGAUCCCAAAUACACAAAAACAGGUACCAACCCGUAAGAAAAAUAGGUUUUGCAGAACAUAUAUAUAUAUGCAAUAUAUAUAUAU